CACAAGUAUAAAUAUAGCCUUCUCCCCUCGCCUUUCGCGCUGUCAUUUUCAUCCACCCUAACCCACUCAUCUAUAUCAUGUCUGUUGUCGACUCUGAAACCGAUAUCACGAGCAUCAGAAGUCCCAUCGAUCUUCAGUCCUUGGAAAGAUACUUCAGCGCUGCGCAGCCGUCGACAGGCACUACGCUUGGGCCCAACGUGUCGUGGAACUUCAUCCAGACGCCGCUCAUCGUGAAACAGUUCAGCUUUGGGCAGUCCAACCCCACCUACCUCAUCACCGACUAUACCGGAAAGCAGCUUGUGUUGCGCCGGAAGCCGGGUCCCAACAAGUCGCUUGCGAGCAAAACCGCGCACGCCGUCGAAAGAGAGUUCUUCCUCAUGGCGGGACUCAAACACGUGGACAGGAAUGCCAAGGUGCCCCAGAUGUAUAUGCUUUGCGAGGACGAGUCAGUCGUCGGUGCGGUGUUCUACGUUAUGGAAUUCAUUAAAGGCCGCAUCUUCCACGACCCGGCGAUGCCGUCGUUGGGCGAGACCGAGAAGCGCGCCUGUUGGAAGUCUGCGGUAGAAGCGGUAGCGGAGAUUCACCAGAUGCCAGCUGAAAAAUUGAUCGCAGCCAUCCCUGGGCUGUACUUUCAUGUAUCAAAGGAUACAAACUACUUCCAGAGACAGGUUUCCGGCUUGUCACGUGUUGCUGCCAAACAGAGCGAGUACGUGGACCCGAUUCCGGGAUUUGAGGAUACGUGCAAAUACCUUAUGGAAAACUGCCCAAAAAUGGAUAAGCUCACUCUCAUCCAUGGUGAUUUCAAGAUCGACAACAUGAUCUUCCAUCCGACAGAGCCAAGAGUGCUCGCCAUGCUUGACUGGGAGCUCUGCACCUUCGGACAUCCGUUGUUCGAUUUGGCAAACUUGUUGCAGCCAUACUCUAUCCCUGAGCGGAUUUGGGCCAACUUCCAGUCAAGUGCUGUACGGGAGGACCCGAAGUGGGUCGAUGAAGUUUUGCUGUUGUAUGAAAGGACGAACCCGGAGUAUGCAAACGGCGGGUUGAAAAAGUACUUCACCUCUGGGAUUGUCUUUGGAAUAUUCAGAGUAUCGGUUAUCAUCCAGGGUAUUGCCAUGCGGUCCAAGUUGGGAAAGGCCAGCAGUGCCAGAGCGGCGGAGGUGGCCAAGAGCUACAAGCCGUUUGGGCAGUAUGCCGCGGAUCUCGCAAGGGGAAAUACCGCCAAUUCCAAGGCAAGGCUUUAGCGGGGAAAGAUUAUAGCGUGUAACUCUACUUAGAAUCUAUUUUAAACAAAGCUAUCCCUGGGGUGUAGUCUGUGGAAGGGUAUGGAACAUGUCUAGGAUUGUAAUGGGUGGGAUACCCUAAAGCGUUAGGUAUAUGUAUAUAGGUCAGACAGUGGACGAGAAGUUUAAUCUUUUAUCCGAUAUAUGUGCC